AUGCAGCGUUUUUUUCGGGAGCGUCGCCAGCAGCUGCACCCGGUACCGACCACAACGGGGGCACGCACCCCCAUCUACAUCAUCACUUCUAACGGUGCGGUCGUACACAACGCCGAGACGGGCGAGCUAGUGCUCGAGCACGCCCUCGACCCGGUCGUCGUCCGUGAGAUUUAUCACCUGCUUCCAGCCAGCGAGACGCGCAUCAACACCGGCAUCAUCCAAGGAGACCACUGGUUCUACCGCAGGAACUGGGAAGAGAUGCUGGAGUUCCACAAGGAAUCGGGAUAUCGGUAUCAGGUGCUAGAGUUCAUCCCCGACAGUGUCGAUAAGAGCGGCAUCGACACGGACACACUGGUCGGCUCCCCUUCAGCCCUCAGCGGGUGCCUUAAGCAUGUCCACAAAGUCUUCUUCUCGAGCUGGGAUCUCUCCCUACUGGAGAAGCUCGAGCAGACGCUUCAGCAGCGCUACGGCAGCGAUUUGACAGUGACCUUCUCAGCCUCCUACAACCUCGAUAUUACCGCCAAAGAUGUGACCAAGGCAUGGGCUCUGGAGCGUCUCUACGAGCAGAUGGCGCCCUUACCACAUGAGACGAGGUCGACAGUGACGCCAGAGCAGCGCCUUAAGGCCACAGUUGCGUUCGGUGAUAACCUCAAUGAUGCCACGAUGUUGAGUAGCGCGGGUCGCAGCUUCAUCAUGGGCAACUGCAACCCAAAGCUUCGGCAGCGAUGCCCCAACCUGGAGGUAAUUCAGACAAAUGCCGAGGACGCCGUCGCCCGCAAACUGCGCGAGAUAUUCCACUUGGAAUAG